UGAGGCAACAUGGCGGUCUCCUGCAGGAAUAAAAAUUGGUGUGCCUAGAAGCAGAUUUUAAAGGUGGUUGCUCCUCAGAACAUCUUUCGUCAUAUCAUCUGAUCAUCUUACAACACCAUGGCAGCAACAGCAUUAAAAUGGGUGAUAUCAAAGAGAAUUUUCUUGAAGCAUUUAUUUCCAGUUCAAAACGGAGCUUUAUCUGGUGUUUGUCAAAAAUCUACAUUUUCUUCUCUUCCAGAUGACUAUAAUUGCAAAGUAGAGCUCGCUUUGACUUCUGAUGGCAGAACAAUAGUGUGCUACCACCCUUCUGUGGCUAUCCCAUAUGAACACACAAAACCUAUCCCUCAACCAGAUCCUGUGCACAAUAAUGAAGAAACACAUGAUCAAGUGCUAAAAACCAGAUUAGAAGAAAAAGAGGAACACCUUGAGCAAGGACCCAUGAUAGAAAAACUUAGCAAAAUGUUCUUUACUACUAAGCAUCGUUGGUAUCCUCAUGGACAGUAUCACAGACGUCGUAAGAAAAUGAAUCCUCCAAAAGACAGAUGAUAUUGAGAUUCUUGGAAGAAUCAAAGAAAAAUGUUAUCCAGUGUCUCAUUUGCAAUUUGAGAAAAUGCAAUCUGGUGUAUUUACUAAUAUGUGAUAUGUAAAAUAAUAAUAAUAAAAUGUCUUUUCAUAUGUUAGAAUAUGUAUUUGUUAAUCCUGGACUUGACAUUUUUAUUUAGAGAAACUAUUUCAUCUUAUUUUCCUUUUGAGGUAUUAAAGGCUACCUCUUAUUUUUAUGUGUCUAGUAUGAGUAG